UUUUGCCCACUCUGCUCAACCCUCAUCUCCACUCUCAUUUCCUGUUAGUAACUGUAAAUCUUUGUGUUUUUGUACUAAAAAGAUGUUUGUGAAGGGAUUUUCUGGCGUUUCUUUGUACAAACCCUCUGGGGCCCUGAUUCCGGCGGGGUUGGGUUUGGGUUCUUCGGUCUCUCCGGUCUCGAAUCUUGCUUUUCCGGCGGGUCGGAAAGUUGUGUUUUCAAUCUCCGCUGUUUCUGAGACUGCGGAUGCUCCCCUCACAGGGGUUGUGUUUCAGCCGUUUCAGGAGGUCAAGAAUGAUGCUUUCAUGGUGCCCAUAUCCCCUCAGGUCUCGAUUGCGCGCCAAAAGUACUCCGAUGAGUGUGAAGCCGCAAUUAAUGAGCAGAUCAAUGUUGAAUACAGCGCCUCUUAUGCGUACCACUCCAUGUAUGCAUACUUUGAUAGAGACAAUGUUGCCCUCAAAGGGCUGGCCAAGUUUUUCAAGGAGUCAAGUGAAGAAGAAAGGGAACAUGCUGAAAAGCUAAUGAAAUAUCAGAACAUCCGAGGUGGAAAAGUGAAGCUGCACUCUAUUCUUUCACCUCUUUCGGAAUUUGAACAUGCUGAGAAGGGUGAUGCGUUGUAUGCUAUGGAACUAGCACUGUCGUUGGAGAAGUUAGUGAAUGAGAAACUCCUCAACCUCCAUGCUGUGGCUGAGCGAAACAAUGAUCCUCAGAUGACAGAUUUCAUUGAGAGCGAGUUUCUGGAGGAGCAGGUUGAAGCUAUUAAGAAGAUUUCGGAAUAUGUUACACAAUUAAGAAGGGUUGGACAAGGACAUGGAGUUUGGCACUUUGAUCAGAUGCUCCUUCAUGAAGAUGGCAAUGGUGUGGCAUGAAGUGAUUAAUGUCUGAAGAUGCAAUAAAAUAAUCAGAUCAGAAGUAGCUUAACUUGUCAGUGU